AAGACAAGUGGCAGAUCAGAUCACAGAUGCAACCCACAAUAGUGCACAUUCAAAUUAAAAUAUCAAUUAGAUUACUCAUGAUGUUUCUUCUCAAGGCCUGGAGAUCAACAGCUUUUGGGCUUUAUGGGUACCUCAAUUUCACCAAGGCCGGUUACUUGGAACAUUCCAAAAAAUUCAACCCCGAAGAUACGCAAACACGCAUAGAGGGGAAGAAUUGCAUAGUUACUGGAGCAAAUUCUGGCAUUGGUUUUGCUACUGCCGAGGGUCUUGCUUCUCGAGGGGCAAAUGUCUAUAUGGUAUGCCGAAAUAAGGAGAGGGGAGAAGCUGCUCGUUCUAAAAUUCAGUCAACGACGGGUAAUCAAAAUGUUUACUUAGAGGUGUGCGAUCUUUCAUCUAUCAACGAUAUCAAGUCAUUUACGUCCAGAUUUUCUUCGAAGGCUGUUCCGAUUCAUGUCUUGGUUAACAACGCUGGCUUGCUCGAGCAUAACCGUAUUACCACUUCAGAAGGAUACGAGUUGAAUUUUGCUGUGAAUGUAUUAGGCACUUAUACCAUGACAGAAUCAAUAUUGCCAUUGUUGGAGAAAGCUGCACCCGACGCUCGAGUUAUUACAGUUGCCUCAGGUGGAAUGUAUACAGUUCCUUUGAUUGACGAUUUACAGUUUAGCAGUGGAAAAUUUGAUGGGGUAGAACAAUAUGCUCGAAACAAGCGAGUCCAGGUGGCAUUGACAGAAAAGUGGGCAGAAAUGUACAAGGACAAAGGGAUUGGGUUCUACUCGAUGCACCCUGGCUGGGCCGAGACACCAGGGGUUGCCAGGAGUCUGCCUGGCUUUUCGAAAUCGUUAUCGGGAAAGCUUAGAACAAGCGAGCAAGGCGCAGACACUGUUAUGUGGUUGGCUUUGCAGCCGAAAGAAAAAUUGGCGACGGGUGCAUUUUAUUUUGAUAGAGCUGAGGCUCCUAAACACCUGAUGUUUGCAGCUACCAGUGGCUCUCAUGUUGCUAUAGAUUCUAUCCUUAAUAGUCUUCGUUCUUUAUCCACUCUUUCAUCGUAAAUCGACACAACCAUUUUGUCAUAAAGUGAAACAUUUCUUUGUAAAUCGAAACAUACUCGUACUGUAAGACACUAUUUGAAGAAGAUGUUCAUGAAUCAAAAAAAAAAAAAAGUGGUGGUUGUGAUUUUUGUUU